AUGUUCUUUCUUUCUUUUCCAAUAAACUUGUAACUUCAAUGAUUUAUUUAUUUUGUAUAGGUUGGUGGUGAGGCAACAAUGACAACAUUUUCAGCAGCAAUAGUAAGUCCAUCAGCCAUUAUAGGCACAGGAAGAAAAUCUUUCUACAAAAGAGCCAAAGUGACGAACAAAAUUAGUGGAUUGAACUUAUUUGGAAGUGAAAAGGCAAAUAAGCAUGUUGCCUCAUUAAGCCUCACUAUGUGCUCACUGAAAACCCCAUCACUAGGUGCAAAAAGCUUGUCACAACCCAAAGCUAAGAAGCACUUUGUGCUACUUCAUACGGGAUGUCAUGGAGCCUGGUGUUGGUAUAAGAUUGUAGAAUUGAUGAAAUCUUCAGGGCAUAAUGUUACAGCUCUUGACUUGGGUGCUUCAGGAACCAACUCCAAACAGGCCCUCGAAAUCACAACUUUUUCUGAUUAUUUGAGUCCGCUAAUGAAGUUCAUGGCUUCACUUCCUGCACAUGAAAAAAUAGUUCUGGUAGGCCAUAGCUUUGCUGGACUCGGCAUCUCUAAAGCCAUGGAAAAUUUUCCAGAAAACAUUUCAGUUGCUGUAUUUAUCGCUGCUUUAAUGCCUGGUCCAACUUUCAAUGUAACUACAGUCUACACUAAGACAUGUAGUGCAAUAAUACCUGAACUUGAUAAUCACGUUACAUACGACAAUGGACCUGGGAAUCCUCCAACCACACUCAUCCUAGGUCCCAAGUUCAUGGAAACUAAUCUUUACCAGCUGAGCCCAAUUAAGGAUUUGAAGCUGGCUACUAAAUUAGUAAGACCGCUAUAUUUAUAUCCUGUGGAAAAUAUUUAUGAGGAGAUAGUUCUUUCAAGAAAAAGGUACGGAUCAGUUAAGCGGGUAUUCAUUAUUGUUGCUGAAAGUAAAGCUCUGAACAAAGAAUUUCAACAUUGGAUGAUUGAAAAUAAUCCACCUGAUGAAGUGGAAGAGAUUUUAGGCUCUGAUCACAUGGUCAUGAUGUCUAAGCCUCAACAACUUUUUACUACUCUUCUCCAUAUUGCCAAUUCACAUGCCUGAUUUUAGUCCUAGUUAAUUUGAUAAUUCAAUCAUUUUAUUUUCGUUGUUAUUUCCUUUUAUUGUAGUUUCAGUGUUUGAAAUUGACAUUAAUAAAUAAUCUUGUUGCCUUGCUUC